UUCAUCUUUUAACUAUAUAAGAAUAAUCCAACAAAAUUGAAAAGAGAGAAUCAAGGAGAAGAAAAAUGAUGAGGCCGAUAGGGGAGAAGGAUGACGGCAGCCGUUUUAAGGGUGUACGGAUGAGGAAGUGGGUGGCGGAAGUACGCCAACCCAACAGCAGAGGAAGAAUAUGGUUGGGUUCUUACAAGACGGUGGAAGAAGCCGCGAGAGCUUACGACGACGCCGUUUUCUGUCUGCGGGGGAAUUCGGCAAAGCUUAACUUUCCCGAAAAUCCUCCGGAUAUAGCGGACGCUGGUGAUUUGACGACGGCUCAAAUCAAGGAAGCGGCUUUCAGGCACGCGGGUCGGGUUUCUGAGAAAGAAGCAACGUAAGUGGCUGCUGCUGCUAAUUCUUAUGCAGAGUGUUAUUUCGAGAGUGGUGGUGUGGGAGACAGAUCCGACCGCGCUUAUUUUCAUCCGCCUGGUGUUUGGACUUUCUAGCCUGACAAGCUUUUCUUUUCUUUUUUAAAAGUUGAAACUGGUUCUUCAUUGGUAGAUCCCAUGUUAGUGGAAUGCAAAGAUUUGUUAUGUUUGUAGAUGAAAAGAUAAUGGCAAG